AACACCGAGAAUGAAUAUCCCGGUCUCAACCGGUUUCAACCGGUCCGUGGUUGGAAGCAUGAGCUUAGAGGAAGAGCACACUUGCACGCAUUAAAACAUCUCUGCUCUCCAACAGUGUGUGCGAAUAGAAUCAGAAAUAAAAACGAGACUCUUUAAGUUUCUGAUUAUGACCCGGAAUACCGCUCCAAGUGUGACUCCGUGAAUCUCUGUGGUUAGCUUAGCUUACAUUAGCCAGCAGAGCUAAAUCAUCAUUGACUUUCCAUUAGCACGCUAAGUUGCUAUUAGCCUUGUGGGAAAACUGAAAAAGAAAUGUUUCAGAUCGGUUGAGGACAACAGACAUUAUGUUUUGGUAAACUGCGGAAAGCUUUUAAUAGAUCGGUGGUAAUCGACAAGUAUUAAGCUCUCAAGUGAACGCCGUUAGUGUCAACCGGAAAGCUAAUGUUAGCUUGUGGCUACUGAAGGUUAGAAACCGUAAAUGUGUGCGAUGAGAUAACGCUGUUACGCUUUGAAAGGAAUUAUAUUUUGGUCGUCAUCUCCAAGUCACGCCAAUCCACUACAUAUUGUUUUCGCCAAAGGGACAGGACACACUCGGAGCUCUAUGCCAGCAGAAAUGACGAUGUUGGCCGAUCACCCAGCAAGACAGUUGCUGGACUUCAGUCAGAAACUUGACAUCAACCUGUUGGACAAUGUUGUUAACUCCAUGUACCAUGACAUUGGAUCACAGCAACGGGUAGCACAGGAAGUGCUCACAAACCUGAAGGACCACCCAGAUGCCUGGACGAGGGUGGACACCAUCCUGGAGUUCUCUCAGAAUAUGAAGACAAAGUACUAUGCACUUCAGAUUCUGGAGGCUGUCAUCAAAACCCGCUGGAAGAUCCUUCCAAGGAAUCAGUGUGAAGGAAUCAAGAAGUAUGUUGUUGGGCUGAUUAUCAAGACCUCCUCGGAUCCUGCAAACAUGGAGAAAGAGGGAGUGUACAUCUCAAAACUCAACAUGAUCCUUGUGCAGAUCCUGAAGCAGGAGUGGCCCAAACACUGGCCCACAUUUAUCAGUGAUAUUGUGGGAGCGAGUCGGACGAGUGAGAGCCUCUGUCAGAACAACAUGAUCAUUCUCAAACUGCUCAGUGAGGAGGUGUUUGACUUCUCCAGUGGCCAGAUGACCCAAGUCAAGGCCAAGCACCUGAAAGACAGCAUGUGCAACGAGUUCUCGCAAAUAUUCCAGCUGUGCCAGUUUGUGAUGGAAAACUCCCAGAAUGCCCCACUGGUCCAGGCUACAUUGGAGACUCUGCUCCGCUUCUUGAACUGGAUUCCUCUGGGUUACAUCUUUGAGACCAAGCUCAUCAGCACUCUGGUGUACAAGUUCUUGAAUGUACCCAUGUUUCGCAAUGUGACGCUGAAAUGUCUGACUGAGAUUGCUGGAGUGAGUGUCAACCAGUACGAGGAGCAGUUUGUCAACCUGUUUACGCUCACCAUGAGCCAGCUCAAACAGAUGCUGCCUUUGAACACCAACAUCAGAGUGGCCUACGCAAACGGAAAGGACGACGAGCAGAACUUCAUCCAGAACCUCAGCUUGUUCCUCUGCACCUUCCUCAAAGAACACGGCCAGCUCAUUGAGAAAAGACCCAACCUGCGAGAAACGCUCAUGGAGGCACUCCACUAUAUGCUACUGGUGUCUGAGGUGGAGGAGACGGAGAUCUUUAAGAUCUGUUUGGAGUACUGGAAUCACCUUGCAGCAGAGCUCUACAGAGAGAGCCCCUUUUCCACCUCCAGCACCCCGCUGCUCUCAGAUGUCCCCCCACGCAGACACCUCUACCUGCCCGUUCUCUCCCAGGUGCGUUUGCUAAUGGUGAGCCGCAUGGCCAAACCAGAGGAGGUGCUGGUUGUGGAGAACGACCAAGGCGAGGUGGUGAGGGAGUUCAUGAAGGACACAGAUGCCAUCAACCUGUACAAGAACAUGAGAGAAACUCUGGUGUAUCUGACCCAUCUUGACUAUGCCGACACUGAACGCAUCAUGACAGAGAAGCUCCAUAACCAGGUCAAUGGCACAGAGUGGUCAUGGAGGAACCUGAACAUGCUCUGCUGGGCCAUCGGCUCCAUCAGCGGGGCGAUGCAUGAGGAGGAUGAGAAAAGGUUCCUGGUCACAGUCAUCAAGGACCUGCUGGGCUUGUGUGAGCAGAAGAGAGGUAAAGACAACAAGGCCAUCAUCGCCUCCAACAUCAUGUACAUUGUGGGCCAGUAUCCUCGCUUCCUCAGAGCCCACUGGAAGUUCCUCAAGACUGUUGUCAACAAGCUGUUUGAGUUCAUGCAUGAGACCCAUGAUGGUGUCCAGGACAUGGCAUGUGACACCUUCAUCAAGAUAGCUCAGAAGUGCCGGCGUCAUUUUGUCCAGGUUCAGGUCGGUGAAGUGAUGCCCUUCAUCGACGAGAUCUUGAACAACAUCAACACCAUCAUCUGUGACCUUCAGCCACAGCAGGUGCACACGUUUUAUGAGGCAGUCGGCUACAUGAUUGGGGCUCAGACAGACCAAGCUGUUCAGGAACUUCUCAUAGAGAAGUACAUGCUGCUGCCUAACCAGGUGUGGGAUAGCAUCAUCCAGCAGGCCACCAAGAAUGUGGACAUCCUGAAGGACGCAGAGACGGUACGUCAGCUGGGGAGCAUCCUGAAGACAAAUGUCAGAGCGUGUAAAGCUGUGGGUCACCCCUUUGUCGUCCAGCUGGGACGCAUCUACCUGGACAUGCUCAAUGUAUACAAAUGUCUGAGUGAAAACAUCUCCUCCGCAGUCAGCACCAACGGAGAAAUGGUGACAAAGCAGCCGCUGAUCAGAAGUAUGAGGACAGUGAAGAGGGAAACUCUAAAGCUUAUUUCUGGGUGGGUCAGUCGCUCCAAUGACCCUCAGAUGGUGGCAGAGAACUUUGUGCCCCCCCUGCUGGAGGCGGUUCUCAUUGAUUACCAGAGGAAUGUCCCGGCUGCUCGGGAGCCUGAGGUCCUCAGCACCAUGGCAACCAUUGUCAACAAGCUAGGAGUCCACAUCACUGGUGAAAUCCCCAAGAUCUUCGACGCCGUGUUUGAGUGCACUUUGAACAUGAUCAACAAGGACUUUGAAGAAUUCCCCGAACACAGGACUCAUUUCUUCUACCUCCUUCAAGCUGCCACAUCCCAAUGCUUCCCAGCUUUCCUAUCCAUCGCCCCUGCUCAGUUCAAACUCAUCCUGGACUCCAUCAUCUGGGCCUUUAAGCACACCAUGAGAAAUGUCGCUGACACAGGUCUGCAGAUCCUUUACACUCUGCUACAGAAUGUAUCUGCAGAGGAAGCCGCAGCUCAGAGCUUCUACCAGACGUAUUUCUGUGACAUCCUGCAGCACAUCUUCUCUGUGGUCACUGAUACCUCUCACACAGCAGGUCUAACCAUGCACGCCACCAUCCUGGCUUACAUGUUCAACCUGGUAGAGGAGGGCAAGGUGAGCGUCUCAUUGAGCGCCGCCAGCCCCACAAACAACCAGGCACAUGUCCAGGAGUACAUCGCCAACCUGCUGAAGACCGCCUUCCCACACCUGCAAGAUGCCCAGGUGAAGGUGUUUGUAACGGGCCUUUUCAGUCUGAACCAGGAUAUACCUGCCUUCAAGGAGCACCUGAGGGACUUCCUCGUACAAAUCAAGGAGUUUGCUGGUGAGGACACGACUGACCUGUUCCUGGAGGAGCGGGAGGCGGCUCUGCGUCAAGCCCAUGAGGAGAAACACAAGCUGCAGAUGUCUGUUCCCGGUAUCCUGAACCCCCAUGAGCUACCGGAGGAGAUGUGCGACUAAGGCGGCGUCAGCACCACACACAGGCCAGCUCUGAAGGGAGUGAAGGUCAACACAGAGCGAGGACACUUCCAGUUGAUGUUUUCCUUUACACGUGUUUCUGUGAGUGUGUGUUUUGAAAAGAGAAUGAGGGUCCACAAGAAGGAGCCCAGCACUCGGUUGUACGUCGACCAAAUAAAUGUCAAUAUGUAAAUGAGAAUCGCCCCAUUGACCCUCAACCCUGGCGCCGAUUUUUUUUUUUUUUUUUUUUUUUUGUUCUUAUUUUAUACAAAGAUUUUUUUGUGUGUAACAUGCCAUCUUUUGUUAAUUCUUUGCUGAUUAAAGCUUUAGGCUUUGUCAUCAGUUCUUUUACACCUGCAUGAAGUUGAAAGAAUUAAAGGUUAUUUUUAAUCUCUCUUGCUCCCCUCACUUCACCUCCCUCUUUGUUAAUAUGUAAUAUAUAAUGUUAAAACAUUUGCAGCGGUUAGUUGACAGACUUCUGAAGUGCUAAAAUGUGCCACAUGGUGCAGGACGAAUGUGACACUCAAGGGGUAGAUGUACUUCUUGCUUCCUUUGUUGUCUUGUUUGGGUUUGUCAGUGUGUUACUUCUUUUUUUGGGUGGGGGUGGGGGGUUGACUGUGAGCGAGUCAGAGCUGCAGUUGGACUGCUCUGCAUUUGGAUGAAAAGGAAGGCUGUGUGCAUAUCAUCCUGUUUGUAAAGCUGUCUUAGUACUCUGAGAAUAUAAAGUUGGCUAUUUUUACAAAA